AUGGAUAUUACGAGUUGUUUCGUAGGGGAAUGCAGUAUAUGCGGUGAUGUUGCUGAUGGUUAUCAUUACGGUGUCUUAUCAUGUCGCGGUUGUAAUGCUUUCUUUCGACGUGCCGUCACACAUGGAAUGCAAUUUCAUUGCCGUCGAGGGGGCACCUGCCAUGUUGACAAAAAUGCGCGUUGUGCCUGUAGGGCAUGUCGACUGAAAAAAUGUGAACAAAUGGGAAUGGACAGGAAAGGAGGUCAACCGAGUCAACCAAAUCAGCUGGUAUCCAUUCCCCGUCUAAUAAGUGAUGUCUUGUCGGUUUCCAAAAACGAUAACAUUCUGCCUUCACCUUCUCGAGAAGUAAGUCUGAUAUCGCGGCUUGUCGAUGAUUACAAAGAGCAGGUGAUUGUUCUGGAUCGCCUUGGAAAUUUCGGCUUAAAUAAAUGUGCCUGCUUUUAA